UGAGUCAGGAGAGCCGAGCUGCUGUGGAUGACAGUUUGCUUCGGGCAACCCUGGAGAGUAUUGAGUAGAGGGGGAUAAACACAGCUAGGGAAAGUGACCUGGGGGACAAAAUGGAGACCGACUGCAACUAUGAGUCUGACGGAUCACCUGACGUCUCCAUGGAAGAUGAAGAGGAGGAUGAAUAUGAGCCAAACAGCAGUUUAAAAAGCCUUAACCAGCAUGAAGAGGUAAAAUCGGAUGCCAUGGAUGCCAUUCAUAGUGAAGAUAGUGCACAGACGUGGGAGACAAGUUCAAGUAGAUGUUCCACAUCCCAAGCCUCAGAAACUAGUGCUACGUCUGGUGUUUAUAGUAUGGAAAACUCCUACAUGGAAGGUCCUCCAGGGAAAUCUAUAUAUUUGAUGGAAGAAGGAAAGAUGGUACAGAAAAGAACAAGGAACUCACCAUUUCAGGUGCCCCUGCCACCAAAUGAGAAAAUGGGCCCAGACAAUGAAAAACGUGGCUUUUCUGGAAGGCCAACAGAAGCAAAAGCAUUGGAAAGAGAAUUAGAUCCUGCUGAUCCACAGUCAUGGACCCUUCAAGUGCAACCUUCAAAGAUAAAAAACUAUUUGGUACAAAUUACACAAGAAGCGGUGGAUCCAUUGCCAGAAGAAAAAGAAAAUGUUUUCAUGAAAAAAGCAGAGCUGCCCCUCGAAGGAACGGUAAGAGCUAAGAUUCAGCUACUCACUGCAGCAUUGGAAGAAAGAAAUAAAAAGAUUUUCCGCCGGGUGAACAAUAUGGAUUUGCCUCCGCCUACAGUUGUUGUAAUCAGGAAGCCAAGAGAACCACCCAAAAAAUUCACCAGGCAAGCCAUGUUCCAGGCAUCUUUAAAGCAUCUUGAACAACAAGCCACCAUUAAGAAUAACCAUAAGGAAAUCCUGCAUCUCAAGCGUAUGCAGGCAAUGCUUGCAAAGACUGUUCCCCGUAGCAGAGAUGAGGAGCGAGUGCGGCGGUCUUUUCUGCCUGAACCUCCAGAUAAGGCUUCCAAAAUGGUACCACCAACUUCACCGCUGUAUACUGACAAAGCAAAGAAGCUGGACACUGAAUCACAUUCCCCCGCCAUGCGAAUGACAGCCCCAGAACAGGCAAGGUUUGCUUCACCAGAUCGUCAUGACAGAAUGGAGAAAAGGGGAAAGCAAUCUCAGCUUUCUAUUACAGCAAAUGCUGUGUCAGAAAAGUUGCCCAGCCUCCUUGUUGAAACAGAGGAGGAGGAGGAGGAGGCGGAGGCGGAGGAAAUGCAGCCUCCUCCACUUGUUUCUACCAAACCCCUUUCCCAGCCUGCUAAUGAAGCAGAGAAUCAGGAUGACUCAACUUUCUCUAAGCUAUCAGAAUCUGCAGCUCAGGAUUUGCAGUACCCAAAUAACAUUGCUGCUGAGCAGUUUGAGUCCCAAGAUUCUCUUUUUACUGAAAUCAGAAACCCAGAUAUUGGCUUCACAAUCCCUUCACAAUUUGAGAUCAAAGAUUCAGGCUUGUUGCAUUCUGCUGAAGAGGCAGGGAAGCAAGACAUCCCUGUUUGCUCACCUGAACCCGCAGAGCCUGUGUCUGAGCAGGCAAAAUUACCUCCUCCAGUUAGUGAAAGAGAAAAGCAAGAAGAGAAACAGCUGGAGGCGGAAUAUUCAAAGAAAGAAGAGGCGCAGGAGCAAUCAACCACACUUUUGCAAGCAGAGCCGGCACAUUUGAUGUAUCCGUUGAAAGAAUGGGAAGUUGGGGAAGCUGAAACUGCACCCAAUUUAUCUUCUGCAGCCAGCAGAACAGAAACACAGGAGCCUCAGAGCGAUUCCUGUGAAGUUGCAGAGGAACAUAUUGGACUUUCACAGCCCACACACUUCAUGGGUGGAGCAGAGAAAAGAGAAAACGAGCACCUGGAACCAGAUUUGGCAAAGGAAGCUGUUGAGACACAGGUAUCUGUGACAGCAUCACUACAGCCAGAACAGUCAGAUGCACUGCACUCAAGAAGUGAAAUUAAAAAUCAGCCAGCACAGCCAGGAUCUCAGUGGCUGGAUUCUUCACUCCCUAUUCCCGAAGCACAGAGAGAGGAAAUCCAGCAACACUCUCUAGCAGGUGCACAGUCAGAAAGCGAACAUCCAGUCAUCUCUGAACCUAUAAAGGCAACACAGGGAUUUGAACUCUUGGAGCCACUGCAUCUCAAAGGUAACGAAGUCAGUGCAUACUCUCCUGCUGAAGCACUCGACUCUUCAGAGCAACUGUCAUCUGUUUCAUCUGCUGAGAAGGUAGAAAUGCUGGAGACUCAGCAGCCUUCACUAGAAACUGUAACACUGCUUUCAGAACAGCGAUGCUCUGCUUUACCCUACCCAACAGAGAAAAUGGAGAAAAAAGACAGCCUGCCUUGUUCUCCCGAGACAGCUGCUGAAACAGCAGAAGUAUCACUUCCCACUGCCACCUUCCAAAUGGCUGAAGUAACAAAAGUAGAAGUUCAUCCUUUGUCUCCCACAGAAGUUCCAUCAGAAGAAUCAGAAUCUAUUUCAAGAGAGCCGGAUGUUGCCAUAGAUAGGAAAACAACUCAGCUGGUUUCGCCUUUAUCUGUAGAACCUCCAAGUAAAGCAUCUGUUCCACCCCAAGAAGCAGCGAAAGAAGAAAACCAGCAAUGCCCACCUUCAGAUGCAAAGCUGAGUUCUGAGGACCAGGAUGAGGAAGGCCAGCAAGAUGGUUGGUUUCCUUUAUUUGCAACCACACAGUUUGAACCAGAACAUUCAGCUGAAUGUGAAUCAACAAUGCAGAGCAUUAAACAGGAUUCCUCUGCAUCAUUUCCGUUAGGAGAAGCAACUGCAUUGCGUUCUGUUGAUGAUGCAGAUAAGAAAGAGAGGCAUCCUGACAAAUCCAUCACUGAGCCUUCACUGCAUCCUGUAUUCAUGCCAGGAAAACAAGGGAGGAUGGAGUCAGAGAUUGAGCAAACGACUCAUCAGUUAUCAUGUACAGUUCUUCCAAUGGAAUCAGUCAGUAAACUGCAGUCAGAGGAGGAAAUGGAGGUCAAUGAGAUCCAGACUCAUUUAUCUGCAACUGGGCAAGAUUUAUCCCAGUCGGUAUAUUUGACAGAACCACAGGAAGACCAGGGUAUUUCAGCAGCAGCAGCAGCCCUUGAAUCUGGUUCUUUAAGUAUACCAUACACUGAUGUUGAAGCAGAGAAAUGUGACACUACAGAACCAGUAUUGAAAGAGGAGACAUAUCAGGCUAUUCAGGCUGUCACUGCAGAAAUGGAAAAAGACUAUCUGAAAGUGUCACAUAUGGUAUCUGAAUCAGAAAAACAUUUAGAGGCACCUUUCCCAGCUCAGAACACAGAGGAAGGAAACCUUCAAUCACACACGUUUGUGUCUCCAGAAUCAGAAGAUGAACAUGUCAUCUCAUCAGAAAGAGAAGAAUCUGAAUUUUAUCCACUCUUAACGCCAACACCUGAAUUGGGAUAUCCUACUGCUGGUUCAGAAACACAGGAGAGCCAAAGCUAUUUAUCUGAUGCAUUAAAUGAGGCAUUAAAUGCAUUAAAUGAGCAGCCAAGCUACUCUUCCUCAGUUCUUGAGGAUAAAGCCAAGAUAGAAGAAAACCAAACCCCCUUUCCUGAAACUCCAAAAAUGGCGCCAGAUGAGUCACUGUCCUUUGCAGCCUUCCUCAUUAGUGAAGCCAAGGGAGAGCCACUUGUGUCACCUAUGGACACAAAGAUGACGCCAAAGGAAUCAAAUUCCAUUCCAGAAGAUUUUGUUUCUGAGGAAGUAAAGGAAAUAGCCCCUCCUUCCUCACCUUUAUCCUCAGAACAACUUUCUAAGGAAGUAAUUUCAUCAUAUGCUGCUGUUGAAGAAGAGAACCAAGAUCAGCCUCAUUCACUUCUGAGGGAAGAGUCAAAACAUCUGGAUGCUGGAGGGGCAGAUGUGCAAGGCGGUCAGUCUCAUUUGCUUGUUGCAGCACAGCCUGAAGCAAGGAGCCAGGACAUUGAGCUGCAUUGCCCCCAAACAGCACAACCAGAGCUAGAAGAUGUGACCUUGCUGGAUUCUACUGAAGAGAUCCAGAAGCAAGAAGCUCCCCUAUAUUCACCUUCCAUUGUACCAUCUGUACAUGAAGAAAUAUUGCAUCACAAGGGAGAAAGAGAAAACCAAGGAACGGUAAUUUUGGGCACUGAAGAGACAAAGGAGGAAGAUGCUCCUCUAAAGUCACCUGUCCUACCACAGGAGUUGGAACAGCUACGUUCACUGCAGUCAGUAAAAGAAUCCCAGGUGGAAAGGGCUCAGCCUUACUCUUCUGCAGCUGUUCAAGAUUCAUUGCAGCUUCCUGGUGAGACAGGAUCGCAGGAAGGUCAGGGCUACUUUAACAAACCUGCAGAAGUGGAUUCUGGCGUUUCUAAGUUAUCAGAGCUGACGGAUGCAGUUAUGGAGCAAGAAAUCCAGGCACCAAGGACUGAAGCUGUCAAGUUAGAACGCAAAGAGUCUGCUUUGUCAGUGCAGGAAAAUGAGAAAGUCCAGGAUCCACUGGUAACUGCAUCACUGGAUCUGGAACAUUUAGGUUCAUCUUAUUCCACAGAAACACAAUCCCCAGGAGAGCCACCACCAGAUGCAUCUCUUCUCACUGAGAAAGCAGAGGAGCAGGAAGUUCGUUCACAACCAGCAUCAGUCUCACCAGCAUCUGUAUUGGAUCAAUCCAGCUCUGCUUCACUGGAUCUAAUUGCAGAAGUUGAGGAACAAGAGACCAAGCAUCCUCCCAAAGUAGCUAACGUGAUGCCAGAAGAACCCUUGUCUUUUGCAGCCUUUCUCUUUGCUAAGGCAAAGAAAAUAUAUACUACUUUGACCUCAGAAAAAGAGAAUCUAGACAGUCAGCCUCCUUUCAAGGAAGCUGAUUUGUUAAUAGAAAGAUCAGAAAGCAUUUCAACUAGCCCCCCUGAGACUAAUGUAACUAUUAACGAAGAAACUGAGCUUCCUACAACACAUUUUGAAGUGGAACAGUUUGCUAGUAAACCUGAAGCAGAUGUUACUUAUCGAGAUGAAAGGGAAAAUAUUUCUGAGACUCCUACGCUAUCUAAUUUAAUUCCAAAUGAGCCUUCUGAUGCUGUAAUACCAGAGCCCAUAAAUGAUAUUUUAACACACAACUUGCAUUCCUCAGUAUCUUCUGCAGACUCACAUACGACUGACAACAAGACAAUACAAAUUAGUGCGGGAGACUUUUCGAAAACGGAAGAAAUCAAGUGUUUGCCUAGUGCGGACAUAACUUUGAAAGAGCCUGAAAAUGAAUUAAAAGAUCACGAGAAACUGAGGGAGAUAGCCAUACCUAGUGUUGAAUUUCAUCAAGGAAAAGAGAUUUCUGAAGGUAACAAGGUAGUGAAUAUUCAUGCUGCUCCACUCAAUUCUUCAGCUGAUAAAGAAGAAGAGAAGCAUAUGCCGGAGAGAUUAGAACACCUGGAAACAGCUGCAUUGCAGAAAAGAAAACCAUUCCAUGAUGCUGGAGAUAUGCCUGUUGACCAGGAAUUUUCAAGGUGCAAAAUAAGUGUAAAAACCUCAGAAGGCAUAGAAGAGGACAAUCAUGAAAAUAAGGAAAGCAAAUCAAAUGAACUUGUCAAGGAAAAGGGGGUCCAGGAAAGUGUAGAAAAGAAAAAGGAAGUUUCUAUUGUUCAAGAAAGCUAUGAAGAUGGUGGUGUAAAUGAUAACGGUAUAGAUCACAUUGAAAAGCAUACUGUCGUUGAUGAGACCUGCUUCAUCCAGACAGGAAACGAACAGUCUUUUAAGGAAGUACAGAGGCAAUGUGAAGUUACUGUAGAAAAUUCUGCAACACUUCCAACUGCAGGCACAAAAAAUAUUAUAGAGUUUUCUUCACUAGAAAGAAAUUUGGAUGAAGGCUUCAAUAGAAUGGCCGAGAAAGAAAACACAACAGCUAGUCAUGAAGACCUUUCAAAAAUAUUAAUCAAAGAUGUAAUAAUUGGUGCUGUUAGGGAAAAGGAUGAAAACACAGAGGAUAAGCUUAACUUGGCAGGUGAACCCCUAUCUAACACACAAAAAGAUGUGCUAUCCCAAUCUCCAUUAAUUUCUUUGCCUGCCACUACAGUCAAUCCUGAGCUUCUUGAGGUGCCACCUACUUUGGCAUUUUUAUAUAAAGAUCUUUAUGAAGAAGCUGUGGAAAAACCUAAGGAAGAUAGCCAUAAAUAUCCAUCAAAUGAAGAGACUGAGAAUACUGACGUAUCCGCUCACACCAGAGGCCCUACUCGAGAUGAUGGUACUGGAAUGUGCUUUGAAAGGGAUGUUUCUAAAGAUGACACUCCAACUUUGGAAGAGUCCCAGAAGAAACAAGUUCUAAAAGAUAAAGGUAUUAAUGAACAAGCUUUAACCCUACAAAGCAUUUCAAAAUGUGCAGAUGAACCAAGUGAAAAGAAGCCUCAGUCUCUUCACAUUCUAACUGAAGCACAUGCUGAAACGGAGGUCUCGUCACCAAGGGGAACGGUGGAACGGCUGGAUGACGCAUUGGUAGAUAGACCAGCUGAGAUCAUGAGUGACAUAAAAGUUGGAAAUGGUCAGCCCACAAAUGAAAUUCUUUUUGGAAGUGGGCUCUAUGGUUCAGGAGCAAGUAAUGAGGAACUCAGUCAGAGAAGAGAAGAUGAAUCCUUGGGCUUUGAAAGGGAUGUUUCUAAAGCUGAUGGUCCAAAUUUGGAAGAAUCCCAGAAAGAACAGGUUCUAAAAGAUGAGCCUAGGACUGUAAAAGCCUUAAAUCAAGCAAGAGUUUCAAAAGGUGAAUAUGAAUUAGAUGACAAGGAGUCUCAGCCUGUUUACAUUCUAGCUGAAACACAUGUGGAAACAGAGGACUUGUCUCCAAAAGGAAUUUUGGAGGGGUUGAAUGAUGCAUUGAUAGAUAGGCCAGUUGAGAUCAUGGGUGACAUAAAAGUUGAAACUUGCCAGCCCACACAUGCAGUUCCUUUUGGAAGUGGGCUCUUUGGUUCAGGUGCAAGUAAUGAUGACAGCAGUCAAAGAAGUGCAGAAGAAUCCAUGCCUGAAGAAACAGGCCAAGCAUUACCAGAAGAAACGAGCGAUGAGGAGUCUUGUCCAAUACUUGAUUAUGCAGCAAGUGUCUUUGAAAAUGCAAUAUCUGUGCAAGAUGAAUCAGAGGAAGUUGCAGUUGGCCAAAACCAGCAAUCUGAAAUAACAGACGCUCAUGUGGUUGUCCCAAAACCUGUUGAAGAAAGCACACAAUCUCAUGCAGCAUUCCACCAUGUUAGCACUCCCUGGCAAAGUGAGGGACAACCAGAAGACCAGUUAAUAGCACAGGAUACACAACCUUUAGACCAUAAACAUGCUCUCUGUAGGGACACUGAGGGACAAACAUCUGAAAAAAGAGUAGGAGAAAAUAUUGUGGGUGAUCUAACUGAGUCCAACAGAGAAGCAGCAUACCAACCACCACCUGAAGCAAUAUCUGACAAGCCUUUUGGGGAACUGGACUACUCUCUGUUGUCACAUGAUUUUGAUACCUAUCCAUUAUAUUCAAUUAAAGAGGAAGAGUCCAGUGACAUUGAUGAAGAUCUAGCUGAGCUCAUGGACUAUGAAAUGGUUAGCCGAGAUGAUGUCUUUGAGGAAGAAACAUCAUCAGAAGUGGUUCAUGAAGAGCUGAUGUUUGAUGACAGAAAAUCCUCAGACCGCAUUAGUGAUAGUUAUGAAUUUGUGAAUGAAAGAGAGGCAAAUACGUAUGCUGAGGAAGAAGAAUUUCAGUUGACGGGUCUCGACAAGCUACCAAGAAAUGUUCCAGAAACUGAAGUCCUACAGAAAGAAUCAGAUCAUGAACUGUUAGAUAGUUAUUGCCGCCAGUGUAAAUGUCCCAUCUCUGCUGAGGACAAGCUUUCUGGGGAGCAUAAAGAGCACACUGUGACAAACUUGGAUAUAGCUGUGACUGAAUUAAAGAGCCAAUUGGAUGGAUUCCUAGAUGUUUUGCAAGAAAGAUCUUUGAAGAUCGAGGGGUUUGUCAGUGAGAUUGAGGCUCUGUUUAAUUCUCUCGAGGAAAACUGUAAGGAAAAGGAGCAGCUUUUGGAUGAGCAAAAUGAAAGCAUCAUCAAGACUGUGAUAGGGCACCAUGACAGAAAGCAGCAGAGCUUUGAGGAAGUAAAGAAUGCAAAAAUGGACUAUCUUUAUGAACAGAUGGUUAAUUUUCAAGAAUACAUUGAUACAGCAAAGGACACGUUGGAGGCGAUCUUAAAGGAAACUGAAGAAAUGGAUGAUUUUGUUUUCCUAAGUUCAUCAGAAGAAAUAAAUAAAAGGUUACUUUCUGCAGUGGAGAAUAUUCUGGCUGUGGAAAAGAUACCACCUGCCUUCUCACAGUUUGAACAUUUUGCAAGUGGCUCAGCGAAUGGCAACCAGACCUUAAAACACAUGCCUGUCCCACAGACUCCAAAAUUACAACCUCAGGAUCCAAACUCAGCUACAAGCACAUCGAUUGCAGUGUAUUGGACUGUGAAUGAAGAUGAUGUCAUUGAUUUUUUCCAGGUCUAUUGUAUGGAGGAAUGCCCAGGAAACAGAGAACAAAGUGGCUUGGUAGAAGAAUACCGCGUUACUGUGAAGGAGAGCAACUGCAUUUUGGAAGAUUUGGAACCAGGUCACUCUUAUAGUGUGUGGGUUAUGGCUGUGAACUACUCAGGAUGUAGCUUUCCCAGUGGCAAAUCCACAUUUAGAACGGCUCCCCCAAGCCCUGUAAUAAAGGCAGAAGAAUGCAGUGUGUGUUGGGACGCUGCCACCAUCCGAUGGAGCACCAGUAACCCAGAAGCAACAGACUCUUUCACGCUCGAGUACUGCAGACAGUAUUCUCCUGAAGGAGAAGGUCUGAGAUCCCUGGCUGGAAUUAAACGACCUGAAAUGAAAGUUCACCUAGAAUCCAAUGUAAAUUAUUUCUUUUACGUCAGAGCAAUUAACAUCUUUGGGACAAGUGAACAGAGUGAAGCUGCUCUCAUCUCGACCAGAGGAACUAGAUUUCACAUAAUGAAAGAAACAGCUGCCCCUGCUUUGCAAGUGUCACCAAGUGGAACCAUGAUAUGCCUUCCUGAGGAAACUGAAGCCACUGGCAUCUCCCCAGUACUGGGAGAGCUCCUGUCUGCUCGAGGAUGGCACUACUGGGAAACAACUGUGAGUGGCUGUUCCGCUUACAAGGUUGGGAUCUGCUAUUCUACUAUGCCACAAGACAGCAUCCUGGGGCAGAACAAUGCUUCCUGGUGCUUGCAUUGUCCUAGCAAGACAAGUUUCCUGUAUAAGGUCCUCCAUCGUGGUGAAAUGAGUGAUGUCAUUGUGACAGAACAGCCUCCCCGCAUUGGCAUUCUGCUGAAUUAUAAUGCUGGAAGACUCUUAUUUUUCAACGCGGAAAGAGGGCAGCUCCUGUUUGCCAUCCUGCAGAAAUUCACCGAUGCUGCUCACCCUGCCUUUGUGUUGGAGGAGCCAGGAGUCCUUCACCUGCAUACGGGCAUGGAGCUUCCAGAAUUUGUGAAGCAAAGCUAAACAUUUUCUUUCGAACUACGUGCAAGGCACACACACACACAAAACGGAUAGAAUGUGCUUGGGGUGGCCUUGUUUCCUUCUUCUAAGAUAAGUUAAUGUUUAAGAACUACAAGCCAGAGAAAUGCUCUGUGAACUCAGUGGCUUCAACAGGACUUCCAUCAUACAUUCCCCCUUGCCAACACUACUUCGUAAAGUAUUUUUUAUACUUGGGGGAAGUUUCAAAAGCAGAUCAAGGAAGCUCCUCUUAGGAACAAAAGUGUAAGGUUAUUCACAGAGCCCACAUAACUCACCCACAUGCGAAGUCCCUGGGUGGUGGUUAACUCUCUUCCCAAGUUGUUUUUAUUCACAUAAGGCGCACGUGCAGACAUACACAGAAAGAAGAGCCAUAGCUCAGUGUUAGAGCAUCUGCUUUGCAGAUUUGAUCCCCAUCAUCUCUGGGUAGGACUAGGAGAGACCACUCUCUGGUGCCCUGAAGAGCAGCUGCUAACAUGACUGAGCUAGACUGACCGGUAGUUUGACUCAGUAUUAGGUUCUGUGAUCCUACAUAGCACAAAGACACACAAGUUAUCUCUUUACUUACUACUUUCUGUGAUGUAUACUAAAGGACUGCCAAAAUGUUUGUGCUACACUCACUGGGGGAGGGUGCCAGGAACUUCUCCAUUGCUCCCUUUUGAAAUGAAUUGAUUCCAGUGCAUUUUCACAGGGCCCAGCAAGAAUAAAUUAUUGGGAGGAGUGUGCUCAUUGUCUGCAAUCCAGCUAGUUGAGGACUGACCCACACAGGCCUACCUCCAGUCAAGAUGGGUGGGGCUGCUAGGAUUUGGUUAGAGGGGACUGCUUUCAGUCUCUACACCCCAUAUAAUCUCUGACCAGGUUAGCACUCCUAUUGAUAUUAAUAACAUUGUCCAUCUUGAUUUCAGUUACACUCAUUUUUAUUUUUAUUUUUGACUGACAGGCAGAGCCUGGCAGCUCAAGUGUGGCACAUAUAAACAUACAGAGUUUCCAAUCUGCUAGGAUGUUUGAGCAUAAAAUGCUGGAUUCUUAUUGUACUGUCCUAACAUUUGGGGCCUAACUGGAUCAGGGCAGUUUGUUCAUAUGAAAAUUAUUCUAAUACUGUUUUAAUGGUAUUACGUGCAAUUAAAAAAUUAAAAACGAACAGGUUUUAUUUU